AUGGCGCAGCCGCGGAACGGGGCGGUGCGGCUGCCGCAGAUGAACGCGCUGGAGGUGCUGCGGGAGACGGUGCGCGUGCUGCGCGCGGACCCGCACGCCUUCACCUCCGUGCUCUUCCUGCUGCUCUGCCCGGCCUCGGGCUUCCUCCUCCUCUCCGCCGCCGCGCUCGAGGGCACGCUCGUCCUCCCCCUCGCGCGCCGCCUCCUCGCCGCCGCCGCGGAGUCGGGCCUGCCCGCCACGCACUUCCUCCGGCAGCUCGCGCACCACCUCGCCGCCACGCUCGUCGCCGCCGUCGUCUCCUUCCCGGCGCUCCUCACGCUGCUCCUCGCCGCGCGCGCCGCCGUCGCGUACGCCGUCGCCGCCGUCUACGCGGGGAAGCCCCUCCCGGCCGCCGACCUCUCGCUCCUCGCGCGCCGCGCCUGGCCGCGCCUCGCCGCCACCUACGGCCUCUCCUGCGCCGCCGUCGUCGCCUGCCUCGCCGCCUCCCUCGCGCUCCUCGUCACCGUCUGCUCCACGCUCAAAUCCCUGCUCUACCCGCCCGACGUCGUCGUCAGCGCCGGGCUCCUCACGGUCCUGGCGUUCUCCGUGGUGUACGCGCACGCCAUCAUAAUCUCCAACCUCGCCGGAGUCAUCGCCGUUCUCGAGGACGUGGCAGGAGCCAAUGCGCUGCGCCGGUCCGUGCAGCUCAUGCGCGGGCAAACCCAUGUUGGGCUGCUCAUCUUUCUUCUGUCCACCAUUGGCCUGGCCUUCGUCGAGGGCCUGUUUGAGCACAGGGUUAAGACGCUCAGCUACGGAGAUGGCACGUCUCGGCUCUGGGAGGGGCCAUUGCUUAUUCUCAUGUACUCCUUUGUGAUGCUCAUCGAUUCCAUGAUGAGCGCCGUGUUCUACUUCACUUGCCGGUCAUCGAGCUUGGAAAUUCUGGAUGAGGAAGGCGGCUCCGUUGCGGAACUUGAGAUGAUGGUGGAUGGCAAGUCACAUGAAGUCAGGUGAUCAAGGUAGGACUAUUUGUCAAAGGUGUAUUUGUUCAUAUUCUCAGGGGAAAUAAUUGAGGCUGCUGGGCAUUGUCCUGUUUUCUCAAGAUUCA